UCCUCUCGGACCCAUCCUCUAAUCCCAACAGGAAGUCCAGAAAUUUUAGUUGAAUGUCUGAUAUUGUUAUGGGGGCUUCAGUCAAACAGUGUAUUAUCCAGAAACAGGAAGUCAUUGCAGCUCCUUCACACAGUCUUCAAUCUGUUAGAUAUCCCUGAGCACAUCUAUGCACCUGUUUCUAGAUAACAUUUAUAGCACCACUUCAAAAUAAAAGCAUAGUUUCACUAUGCAGGAAAUGAAGCACCAUAACACAAGACAGAAAAAAUAUCAAAAUAAAAGCACAACAAACAAUUAUUUUCUCUAAAGACGUUUUUUGUCUCAGAUCAUGUCCCUAUAUAAGCUUUAGUUUAUACAGUGAUUUCGUAGUAGGAGUGGAGAGAAUAAGAAGCAGCGGCCGCUAGCUAGCUACUUGUUGCAAUCCACUGAGCGAUGAUUCAGCACUUUUUAAAAAGCUGGUGUUCAAGAUUUAUUGAACAACAUGAAAGUUCUAAUUGUAACUCUAACUGUAAUUUUCUCUAAGGAAGUAGAUGAAUCAUAACUCGAUAUGUGAAAAAUAAGAUUUUUAUGAAGAAAUUCGUCACUCCAUCUUUGUCUGGCUUUUUCGUAAUUUGACUGGUUUUACUGUCUCAGUUUUAAGUUUUUCACAAAUUAUCGUAACAGCAAUAUUUUAAGGCCACAAUACGCAUGAAGUGAAGAUCUGAUAUCCUGAAAACUGAAAAUUGACCAUCAGCAGAGCUACGCUAGGGAAUCCUCAUGUUUACGCUAAGAUAAGCUAACGACGCCCAGGACCUUCGAAAUUUUCUCUAAGGAAGUAGAUAAAUCAUAAUUUCAAACAUCACUACAAACAAAUAGGAUCAAUGUAAGAUUUUUAUGAAGAAAUGUAUCGCUCCACCUUUGUCAAGCAGUUUCAUAAUUUGACUGAUUUUGCUGUUUCAGUUUCAUUUCUCUUUAAAUUAUUGUAACAGCGAUAUUUUACAGCCAUGAUACCCAUGAGGUUAAAAUCUGAUAUCCUGAAAGCCGUGGUUUGACAAUCAGCAGAGCUACGCUAGCUUUUUUAACUUAUGUUUAUAUACGCUAAGCUAGGCUAAUAACACCCAGGACCUUCUAAAUUUUCUGCAUUAUUAUAUUUUCUUCACUUUUCAAUGACGUAAACUUUGACCUUCAUACUUUUGUUUUUUUCAGAGAAAGGCAACAGACCGCCUCCUUCACGUUGUUUUCCUCUUAUCGACUCAUGGAGAUUGAAAUGUCGGGUUGGGGAUCGGGGAUGAUUUGGUUGUGGAUUUUUUUCUAUGGGGGGGACUUUGGGUGGGGGUAUCGCCUUUCAUUCGCCCCCUUAGGGAAGACCACAUGACCUGACACAACAGAGAAAAGCAGCAAAAAAGAGAGAGAGAGAGAGAUGUUAGGCCCCGCUGCUCUGAGCGCUUCAAUGAAAACCACAUGUAGGACAGAGGGAGGGGUGGGGGGGUGAGGUGUGUGUGUGUGUGUGUGUGUGUGUGUGUGUCAAAGAGGAGGGGGGCCAGUGUAAUGACUCAAAACCCAGCCUCCGACAGAAAGAGGAGGGAGUCACUCCGAGCCUCGCUGACAUUCCCAACAAGCAUUGCAGGGGAGAGACGUGUGUGUGGUUUAGAGAAAGAGAGGACGUGUGUGUGUUUAAGUGUGUGAGUGUGUGUGUGUUAGCGUGAAACCACCAGAGGAGGCUUCAUCUGUGCAGCACACUCUCAAACCUUUCAUUUUCAGCUUUCAGGCUGGGACAGAGAGCUGCUCCAUUGUCGUGGUGAAGAAGAAGAGAAAGAAGAAGAAGAAGAGGGGAGAAAGUUUCAGCUGGAGCGUGUGGUGUGAUCUGGGAAAAGAAGAAGAAGAAGAAGAAUCAGACACAGCAGAAAAGAAGAAAAAGAGGCCAACAUGUCCAACGCUCUGCUGAGGAGAAACUCCAGCAAACAGGGUUUACAAAACCUGAUGAGGUAUGUGAUCGAUGGGUUUCUGUUUGUCUGAAGCAGCGGGGUUAAUGUUUAAGCUUCCAAAACACAGAAGAAGAAGAAGAUCUCAGUGUUUCUGCUCAUGAGGAGAAAGAGGAGCGUGUUUGUGCUGUAAAAUCAUCCACAGUGGGAAUGGGAACAGUGGGAUUACUGGGAGUGUUUUGGGUCACGCAGGAUUUUGGGGGGGAUUUGGGGUUUCGAUUUACCUCCGCUGGCACGGAUUAAUCCUAACAAAGGAGCGGGAUUAAAAAAAAAAAACCUUCUCCACUCAGAAAUCUUUGUUGUUUCUCUUUUUAGAGUUGAGUUACUGGAAAUGUUGGAGGUUUCAGAGACGCCUGAAGCUGCUCGGUUUUUUUACAGAAAGGGAAAAGGGGAAGUGGUGUCGGUGACCUGUGUCAGAGGUGAAAGGUCACCGGAGUCCGUCUUUUGUUUUCUGGGAGCUUUCAGGUGGCGGCACGUCCUGUCUGCAGGGGAAGACGUUUUUUUUGUUUCUGUUUCAUCCUGUUUCAGCUUUCAGCGGUUUGUAACAGAGGAGAUAAUUACAGCUCAUGUAGACGUCUGUGAUGUGGGAUUAUUUAUCAGAUUAGACAUUCAGAGAGUCAUAAAUCUGACUGUGUGACUCUGCAGAGACACUGACCAAUCAGAGCUCUCCAUGCUGGCUCAUGAGGACUCUUACUGUCACCUCAAAACUACUACUCCAUCCAGGGUCCAGUGUUUCGCCAAGAGCACAGAGAUUUUGGGAUCAAACCAUCAAAUCAGGAUUUAGGGAGACCCUGCUGUCCCACCUCUGAACCAAAGCCCCCCACUCAGACCCACUCACACUGUGGAGACUGUGAAGAUCUCUGCUGUGAUGCUGAAUCAGUCUGUUAGUCCACCACUUGAAUUUUUAUCAACAUAACUUAAAAAAUAACAUAAACUCUCCUCAGAAGACGAUCCUCAUGUCAGAAUUUGAUCAUUUCAGAUUUAUUGAAGAAAUUUCAGUCAUCUGCAGACUGAGAUAAGCAGCAAGAGAAGACUUCAUAAAAACACAAACAUGUAAAGUAGACAAACAGCAUUUUUAAAAUUGAUUACUUUGGAUUGUGCAUUUAGUUUUCUAGUAAUUCAAUGUGUUUCAGGCUUUCUUCAGGUCUUUGGAUCUCUUUAAACUUUUGAACUUUAGUUUUUGGGUCUCAAAUAGAGACAUUUGGUUGUUACGUUGAAAUGUAAGUCAAAAAUAUAGAAAGUUUGCCCAAAAAGUUGUGUUUUGGUAUCUUUAGUACAGAGAGUUAUCCUUUAAAUAUACAUUUUGAGGUCUUCUUUAAAACAGAGUUAGCUCUUAAAUAUCAAACGCUGGGAAAGUUGCAUUUGGAGGUUGAAUUUAAGGCGCUGUUAUCAGAGGAAGUGAGCUCUUCAUUGUUGGAUUUUAGGUCUCAAACAGAAAAAUCGUCUUUUUGUUGACUUUUCUGUUUGAUGUUGAAUCUUCCUUCAAAAGGGAUUUGAAUGUUCGAUUUUUGAUUCAUGCGGUAUUGAAGGUUAGCUUUUGAACAUUUUAGGUCUCUUUAGUAAAAAAAAGUUAGUCUUUUAUCUGUUAGAUCUCACGUAUGAAGAAGGUUGACAUUCAAAUGUUGAAUUCUGGGUCUCAUUUUUGGAUCUUAAAUUUGGAGUUUCUGUAAUUCAGGAGGUUCUUUGUCAUGUUUUGUUGUUAGUUUUUGUGCACAGUGAUACAGACUUUGUAGUUUUCAAGUGGAUCUAAGACUGUCUUCAGAUCUUUCCAUGACAGCUUUUGAACAUUAGAUUCUGGGUCUUAUAAAGUCAGCCUUUAAAAUGUUUGAUUGCGGGUCACUCACAAACAGAAAGUUGGCUUUGGUCUUUUUAAUACAGAAACCUGUUUGAAUAUUGGAUUUAGGGUCUUUCAAAUACAGAGAGUUGGCUUUUGAAUACUGGAUAUUGAUUUAGAGUUAGAUUUUGAGUCCCCAACGUGAAAUCAUUUUUGCUGGAUUUUGGUCUUUUAAAUACAGAGCAUCAGUUUCCAGUGUUGGAUUUUUGGUCUCUCAUAUAGAAAUUUGAUGUUCACAGAGUAAGUUUCAAACAUCAUGAAUCAGGUCCUUUAAACAUGGAUAGUUUGGGUUUUGAAUGUUUGAAUUUUGGUCUGGAAAGUCGACUUUUGAAUAUUUGGAUCCACUUUCAAUCUAAAGUUAGUUUUUGAAGGAUGUAUUUUUGGCCUCUUGUGCAGAGAGUUAGUUCUUAUAUUUCAGAUGUUGGGUUCAUUUUUAAUCUCAGAUCUGAUUCUUAGUUUUCCUGCUUUUUAACUUCAUUCAUACUCAAUUAAGAAAGUAUUUUCCAGACUCUGAGCGACUCAUCAGAUGCUGAAUCUUCGUUUUCCUAUGGAAUAAAAUCUUCCCUCGGUGACUUUCCAUUCUCUCAGCGCUGUCUCUACAGAGAGCUGAUUUAUAGUUUCGUCACAUGUUUUGUAAGAGUCUUCGACUUGUUGCUUCACUCAGGGUGUUUUUGACUCGUUACAUUCGGGGAGUCUUGGAGCAAACCUCUGAGUCACGCUGAGAUCAGCGGUCAGUCCGUGUGUUUGUGAAGCAGAUAACAGCUGGAGGAGGCGGCGGCGGCAGCGGCGGCGUGCAGAUGGCAUCAGUCUGGAGAGGAGCUGACAGAAACGAUGACAUCACCCUGAAAAAAACCUGCUGCAAAAACACAACGUCAGCAACUUUACUGAAAUAUUUAACAUCCAUCAUCCAGACAGCGUGAUUCAGGAUGAGUCUUCAGGCGUUAUGCAAGGAAGUUUUUCUGAUUGGAGCGGUUCUUCUUGUAAACAAGCAGCUGGUUUCUCUUGUUUUUAGAGGAUCUCAGUUCUUUGGGGGUUCAGGGAUCAGGAGUUUCUCUUAGUUGUACAGGCUUGCUUUGAUAACCGGUCUCUGUUUCUGCCACAGGCGAACAUUUAUUCCAGAGGACACUCUUAAAAUCUGUGUUUUUAUCAAUGGACUUUUGAGGAGAGUCAGCUGUUUCUGCUUGAAUUGUUUAGAUAAGAGGACUCUCUCUGUUUGGUGGUUAGACACUUCUGGAGGCGUUUCUUAAACAGCUGUUGGAUUUCUUUUUCUGACUGCUCUGGUACGUACGACAGAGUAUUACUGACGAGAAUAAAAUCGUAAAGUAAAUAAAGUCUUUAAGCUGCUUUUGCGGAGGAGGAAAUGCCUGAACUGGUCAACUGCAGAGUUAUCAGUGGGUAUAUCAGUGGGCCAUUCAGAGAGCUUUUGUGGUUCCUCAAGAAACAAUCCAACUGAUGAUCAACAUUUGUGAUGUAGAGGGAGUCAAGCUCCGAUGAGCACCACGUCUGUCUCUGAUGCCGGCACAACACCGGCAGUAACCUACACCUGCAGAGGCACCAACACCUUAUGGCGUAUAGAUUCAUACGAUCAACUAAAGCCACAUUAAACUAUUGUUUUAAACGGCUGCAUUGAGGGAUUUAACCUCUGCACAGACAUUUCCACCUCCUCAAAAUCAGCGAUUCCCUAUAAGUCCCUAUAAGAUGCAUUUCUUCAUAUGUCCUGAUACUUAUGACAAUGUGACGCUGAAACGCCACAGGAUUGAGUCUCUCCUUGUCUGUGAAACCAGCUACUGAAGUUCAAUUCAUCUAAAUGCUCCACAGUGCUCAUUUAAACAACAGGUUAGAGUAGACAGUAGCUAUGACUUUAUUCUCAUAAAUAAUUCAGAAGUCUUACUUUUUUUUCUUAACGUGGCCCUAAUACUCUGUCGUCGGUACGAACAGCAAUCUUACUUCAGAUUUGACCAACAAUCUGAGCCACAAACUUCCCCUGCUGGGAAAUCCUGAUGUGUAUGCCGACGUGAUGCUGCAGUGUCUUCUAUAUUUGGCAUCUUUACUUCACAAACUCAGCUGGACUUUCUCCGAAACCAUCGCUGACUCCAGCCCAGAAACUCGCCGUUAUCGGAGCGUGUGUGCGGGUCAAGGCAGGCAUGCAGCAGGCCUGUUUUUAAUCCCCACCACCACCCCCGCCCGGUCUUCCCCUUAUGGUGAUGUCAUCCAGGAGGCAUACCUGCUUAAAAACAAACCGACUGCUGCGACCCCUGACCCCUGAAGCCCCCACAAUUGGGUGGGUGUCCUCACUGUUUACGAUACAGACGAGAUAAGAGACAGAGGAAUGUUUUUGGGGGGUGAGAGGGUGAGGGUGGAGUAAGCUGAUGAGUGAUGGGGGCGCUGAUCUCCCCCUCCCUCUGUGGGAUUUCUGUGUUAAAGGGACAGAGGGAGGGUAAACAGAGGGGCUUUCCUGUUUCCAGGACUCGUAUCUGUGAGAGCAGAUGACCAGUUUGUGGCGUGGUCAUGAAAAGUUGAUUAUUUACAAAUUUGAACGCCCAUUUAACAAAAGUACGUUUUAAAUUCAGUCAUACGUGGCCUCAUAGGUAAUAUUUAUCAAUAAACAGUGGAAAAAAAGUAAAAUUCCAGCACUUUCUCUAGAUCAAGCCUCUCUAUUUCACUUUUUUGUGACUCUUUUCUUGUCAAGUUGAAGUCUUUAUAACUUUUUCUUUUAACCCAGUCUUUAAACCAUAAGGAUUUUAGCCUCUGUAUUUCUGGAAGUUAAGAGAAAACAUGAUUAAGAAGAUGAUUAAGAAGAUGGCAGCUCAGCUUGCAGCCCCCUCUGAAGCUCUGUCUGCUGCACAGAAAUAGUGUGAACAUCUAAUAAACUCUGAUUUUUACCAUGACUUACUUCACAUUUCCCAUCAGAUAAAAAUCACUAUAGGAGACGAAACCUGAUAUAACAGUAGCUCAGCUCGCAGCCCCUCCUGUCACCCUUUUUAAGGGUAGUGGAUGGAUAGGUAGAUUUUUUUUUUUAAUGAAACAAUUUCUUCUGCCAUUUCAUCCGUUUAGAUCAGUGUGUCUGUUGGUUUUGUUUAGGGUAAUUUCUUAGUGGCAGCUCAGCUCUCAGACCCUCUCGACGACCUUUUAAAGGGUCAUGGUAGGAGGAUUUGAGCAGACUUUUAAGUCAUAAGUCUUCUGGUUGUAAAUCAGUAUUAUCAGUAGGUCUUUUUUUGGGGGGGGGGGGGGGGCUUUGUGGCCGCAGCUCAGCUCUCAGCCCCUCUGGAUGACCUUUUUAAGGGUCAUGGUAGGAGAAUUUGGGCAGACUUUUAACUUAAGUUUACUUUCUGGUUGUGAAUCAGUAUUAUUAGUGGGUCUUUUUUUAUUUGGGGGAGAGGGGGUGGGGGGAUAGUGGCAGCUCAGUUUGCAGCCCCUCCUGAUUUCCCUCUGAUUAGUGUUGCCAGGGUAAGACAGAUUUUUUUUUGUAAUAUGAAUCUACUUUUUACUAAGUUUAAUUCAUGUGUCUGUUUGUUACGUUCAGGCUAAGUUCUUGGCUGCAGCUCAGCUCUCAGACCCUUUUUAACAAAAAGCAUGUACCACAAAGGGCCACAUCUCUACUGCAUUUUAUCCUGUAUAUUUUAAGGAUCCUUACCAGUUAUGGACCCUUGGAAAAAUCCUCUCUUUUCACCCUCAUACAGCAGCGCUGAGCAGCAGGCUGGUUCAGUCAGAUUUCCAGUUCUUUCUGAACUAAAACUUGAUUUACUUUUAAAACUAGAAACAGAGUUUGGUGUAUAAACUCUAUGGCAGCUUGGUUUUACCUCUGGCUGGGAUUUUGUUUUUCUUUCUUUUCCAUAUUUCUUGAAUAUUCACCGUCUGAAGUGGAAAUUUUAAAACAAGGUGCCAGUGCUUAAAGCCAGCUGCUGCACCACAUGUGGAUUCUAUCUCUGGAAAAGUACAUGAUGGUCUUAGUACUGUAUGUGCAGUCUGACUGAAAUCUAGUACUGUAUAAAAAUACUCACAGAUUCAUGGAGAGCAUGUUACCUUUCUGCAGAAAAAGGUCAAAUUAAAGUCGAUGUGCAUUGGGGCCAAAGGAGAGACAAGUAUCACCUUUGUGGACGUCUAAUCAAAAUUAUAAACGCAUCUUUCUUUUAGCCGUCUGGUGACUCUGGUGUCUUUUUCAUGGGAAGUGGUGUCUUGGUGUUGUCGUGUCAGACUGAUUCAGUGCCCUCCUCUGCCCUGACAUGUUCCAACACAACAGUGACUUCAUCUCUUAAGCGUCUUCCCACCAUCCUCUCCUGUCCCACAGAGCCUGGCGGGCGUCCAGGCGGAGAGGAAACGUGUUAUUAUGGUGUCAUUCAGCCGAGUCAUCCCACUGAUGACAGCAUGUUCGCUCACAAAAGAGCAGCUGAGGACUUAAUACUUUUAACCUUUCUCCUCCCGCCACUGAAUCCCUCUUUCACUCUCGUUCCGGUGAAACGUCGCCGGACAAUAAAGCUGCGGCCCGGACGAGUGCAGACAGAUCAGAGAGCAACAAUAAUGAGGUUCAGGUGGUCUGCAGGCAGGUGGUGAAGCUUUAACUCAGAGCGUGUGUUACACAGCUGAACGUUUUUGCUUCUUUUUUGUCCGUCUGCCACAAACCUUUCCACAACCAGCUGUGUUUUCAGAAACCACGUCUUACAACUUUCACAACAAUUCAGUUACACCUCUGAAAUAUUUAUAAAGGGAGGUUUUCAUUCCCGUUUUUUCAAAUCUUUAUUUUUUAGAGGACUUUUCAGGGUCUCCUUUGGUGUCAUGAUGGCUGAGAGUCGGUCCAGUCUCUCAGCAGGACUCUUCUCCUACAGAGCCAUGCUGUUGUCAGAAUGUGGUUUGUCGUGGUUUUGCUGAAAUAUAAAGGCAGAUGGCGCUCCAUAACCUGGAGAUAUUGUUCAGCAUUAUGCUUGAAACUGGGGAUGCAGCAUCUAUGAUUUCUAGUUCUUUGUUGAAAGGGUAACUGGACUUACUUGGGACGUUUCACCCAAGUAAGUCCAGUUACCCUUUCAACAAAGAGUGCCAGAUUUUGAUUCAUCAGACCUCAGGACAGUUCACAGACAAGUGAUUGUAAGCCAACAUGGUGACUCCAACUACAGAGUCCUGUUGCUCAUUAACCUGGAGAUAUUGUUCAGCAUUAAUGGAGCCUUCACAAAUGACAUAGACUCUGAUGAUCCCUAAUCCAUCAGGGAUUAGGAGCUAUGCUUUAAAACUGAGGACGCAUUAUCUAUGCUUUCCAGUUCUUCAAGUAAGUUCAGUUGUCGCCUCCAAACGAAUGUCAGAUUUUGAUCCAUCAGACAACAGGACAGUGUUCCUCCUUCUCUCAGUCCACCUUAAUUCAUUCAGUGCCAACAACGGAUUUGGACAGAUUUAAAACUCCGGCCAAAGUGGAGAUUUUGGGAAACUCUGCAUGUAAACGGAGAGAAACUGAGAUUUGGGUAGUCAACGGCAGAUUGUGCGCAGGAAAGGAGGAAGGGCUGUUGUUGUUGCUGCUAUGCAGGAUUCUGAUUGGCUAAUGUGGGCUUGAGCUUUUCGCUACACUGCCACCUACAGGUUUGAUCUGCUCUAGACGACAUACAUACAUGAGUUAGUGUAAACGAAAACUUUUCUGACGAUGUAGUGGUGUGCACGCAGUUUUUUUUGUAAACAGAGAGGGGGAAAUGUCCAUGUAUGAAAAUAGGCAGGCCUAUGUAAACGUAGUCCCAAAUGAUAGGUUCAGAUACAGUGAGAUUUCCUAUGUCACAAAUCCAAGCUCCGCCCCCGGAGCCUCGUUAUACAGGCCACACUCAGAGAAGUAGAAAGGACGUUCGUGGAACAAGCAUGUGUGUUAGCAGAUUGCAAUGCUCGUAAGAAAGUUAAUUAUGAUAUUAACUUUAAUCAUGUCCACAAAGACAUUAGUGUCAAAGAGCUGAAUAGCUCUUAUGUUACCUGCUACUACAGCUUCUACUACAUCAGCAAUGUUAGGCUACAAGCUAGCUUAAAAAUGACACAGGUAAUGUGAUUUUGGCUAAAAACUUCAUAAUCACGAUUUAAAGACCACUGAGGAGACUUUAAGUAGUAAAAAAAAAAGAUCGGAGUGGAACUUUAAAGCGUUUUCUGUGAAGUAUGUGUGAGAGUUGCUGCUGAUUCCUUAUGUUGACUUCCUGGCUCAGGUGUGUCAAUCUAAAGAGAGAUUAAACGUCUGUCAGUCACACAGACCUCCAGGGUUUUGAGGCACUUUAUCAGCUUUUAUCUGGGAGAGCUUCGGUGGAGGUAGCGUGCUCCGUCAUGUCUCUGGUGUUAGUUUACAAAGAAAACACAACGCGGGGCUUUGAGGGGGGGAAAAAAACCUGCUCGACUCCCACUGAGGCGGUUCGAAGUGUACUCCGUGUUAUUAUCAGAGGAGGACAUAUUUCACCCUGAUACAGCCCAGACAGAGGAAAAGUUUUGAUAGCACUCAGGACGAGGAGGAGGAGGAAGCAAAGCUGCCGGUAAUCCCGGUACUUUAAAAUCACUCUGAGGGGGAUUAAUCAUUCAGUCUGAAUCAGAUGUUUGAGCUGGUGCCAGGUAUGACAAAACCCCAGAGUUACUGAUCACUGAAAGGAAAACGUAAUGAGAGGGCAGAGGAGGAGGAGGCAGAGCUCAGCUCAAACCUUUCAACUCUGAAACUGCUAAAAAAGUGCAAAAAAGUGCACUCAUGAGCAACGUUAUUGUGCCAGACCUUUGUUACACAUUCUUCCUGAUCAGUUAAUGUAAUUUUGCAAGUGUGCAGGAGUUUUGAAAAAAUUUAAAGUAUCACUUCUUUCUUUUGAAAUGGAUGUGCAAAGACAUUUUUCUUCUUUUACUCUGAAACUGAAAAAAAUUGCAAACAAAAGCCAUUAAAGCAACAACCAAAAACCACUUAUUAGAUAUUAUGCUCUCAUAUUUUACAUGAACACACAAUAAUCCUUCAGGAGUCCAAGGAUUUUCGACAUUUUUUCACCUAAAAGACAGUUCCCACCGGACACUCAGAGGCCACGCCCCAAUUGUACAUAACUUUAAGCCUUGAUAAAAUUAUUGAAAGUUGAGAUAUACAAAAAAAAUCAGCCCCUGUGGAGAUGAACAAAAUAAAAAACUCACUAUAGAAACCAAAACUGAUCUUAUACCAUCCUGCUAACAUGUUUAUUUCAGCUGCAAAGAUCAGCAUUUUAAUACAGCAGUCUAUGAGGGUUGACUCACUUUGGGGGUCUGCUUCAAGUGGACACUAGUGGAACUGCAACCUUCAGGAUUUUCAAACAGAAAACAGUUUGCAGCAUGAAUCUUCCACAUUUUUACUCUAUCUUUGUUUAAUUUUGUUGUUUAAUUUAGAAGUAGAUUUAUUUACACGUUUAGUAGUGACCACUCUUGUCCUGAAUUUGACCUUCUCCUCGCCCAGCCUCUAUCAGAGAGUUUCUGACCCACAUCCAGCUGUUCUCCGCCCUCUUCACCUUCAUCCCUUCCCUCGUUUCCUCUCUGCUCGUCCUCUCGAUCCUUACAGGAAGGACAGUGAGAGAAAACGGAGGAAGAGAAGAGAAGUGAUGUAAAGAAGUGUAAAGGUUAUCGGUGUCCUCUGUGACCGCCCACUCAUAGAUUUUCACCGACCUGUUAUUUUUCCAGCCGGUCAGAGAUUUUGGGGUUGGGGUUGAGACUCUGGAUGUGAUAUUGUUGUGUUUGAGCCAGAAACAGGACUGCUGAUUCAGCAACUUUGAUUCUAGUGAAGUGGAUCCGCUGACAGAGACAGAUUUAUCGAGACCUGAACCAGAAUCCUCUGAACUGGGUAGUCUGUCUAUCAAAUCAGCAUCCCAUAAUAUCACUGUUCUCAAGCAUUCAAGCCUCACUGUGUAUCCCAGCAUGCUUUGAGCAAACGCCUUAAUCAUUGUCACAUACGAGGUCCAGGCUGCGGCUCGUACCUUCCCAUAAACUCAACCUGAGGAGGUGUUAGGACCAAAGUCGGGGUCAGAGGUCAAAGUGUGUCCCACCUACAUGGCCCGUCUGUUAAAGAAAGUGAAGGCUGGUGAAACAGAUGGAGUCUGAGAGCCAUUAGGGCUCUAUUAGUGACCCCGGGGCCAAAUGUGAGUUUAGUAACAGGACACCGACAGCAGCCACAUGGAGCUGAUUGACCUGUCAGGACCUAAACCAGCUCCUUUGGGACUGAAACGGAUUAAACAGCAACAGACGCCCCAGACCGGGAUCUGAGGUUUUCUGAUGAACUCAUGAAGUCAGAGCGAAAACAGAGAUGAACCAAAGUUUGAUGAUUAAAGAAGAAACUGAUCCUCCUUAUUCUGUGAUAAUUGACAUCCAGGGACCCCGGUUAAAACUCAAGCCGAAAACAAACAGGAUCUGUAUCAAGCAUUGGGUAUCGCAUACAGGAUGCGUAUUUGGAGCGUAGCAGCAGCGUAGUCAAUCAAUCAAAUCAAUCAAAUUUUAUUUAUAUAGCACCUAUUCACAACAGUCGUCAUCCCAAGACUCUUUCCAAAGAACAAGAGCAGGUCUAGACCACGCUCACUGUUUGAUGAAUUAUCAAAACCCAACCUAAGAUGAGAUUUGGCCCAUCUCAUCUUACAUGAGUGACAGUGGUGAGGAAAAACUUCCUUUUAACAGGCAGAAACCUUGGGUAGGACCAGACUCAUGCUAGAGAGCCACCAGGCCGCAGCAGCGUAGUUCAGCCGCGGUCAGCUGGGCUCAGUCUAGAGGAAACAACCUGCUCACUACAGGUCGUUUUUCCUUUCUGUGGUCGAUUUCCUGAUAAUUUGGAUAUAAUUCAGUGACUGUUGAGCCUCUACUGUCUGUGAAAAAGCUUUAAGUGAUUUUACAGUUUGUGUUUUUGCAGGUUUACUCGUGUUUAAUAAAGUAAACUCUGUUCCUUUAUUCUGUUACCUUCAGACAGAGUUAGCAGUUCAAAGUCCUGUUGGGGUCCACAUGGAUCAGGGAUUGACCAUCAGAUUGUUCUGUGUUACUGAUAAAUCCAGAACCAGGAAGGAUUUCUCAUCUACACAAACUGAUACACAGUCUGGAGUUCACAGAUGGUGUUUUAUUUUGAAAUACCGGAUGACAAGCGUGCUUGACUUCCUGUCAAGGACGAUCUUCUCUGUAUGGAUUGACACGCGUUGGAAGCGUGGAGCAGCAAAAAUAGACUUGUCUAAUAUCUUACGCAGUGCUGCUCUCGAUACGACGCUGCUGCCACGCUCCAAAUACACAUCCUGUAUGUUUCAGCCUUUAUUUUAUUCAGUUCCUGUUUGUGUGAAAUGAUCAUCUCCCAUAGAAAUAAGGCAGAUAACUAAUAACAACAUGAAAACCCAAGGAUGUCCCUCAGAUCCAACAGGUCUGUGGUGAUUCCCACACCCUGAAAAAGAGCUCAUAUUAUCCCACCAGGGUGAAUUUGCUCUCAGCCACCAAACACAAUCUGUUCAUCGUGAUCCUGUUCAUCAUAUCUGACAAAUAAAGAUCCAGAUUGUUUGUAAUAACCGCUGACACUGGAGGGGAACAGCACGUGUGUUUAUCCGGCGCAUAAACACUCGGCGUCGUUCUUCAUCUGAAGUCUGACGGGUGUUUCUAACAGAGACUUUGUAGAGACAGGGAGGAGGUCUGAGAGACAGUCAUGAGUCAGGAGUGUGAGACAGAGGCGGUGUGAUGUGGACAAAUGGUUCUCAUUUAGACUUUUAUGGUUUCCAAACCGAUCCGGAGACCUCAUCUUUAAGGAGGACCAGAACCACCCUGAAAAACCAGGACUCCAACAGAUUGAUCCAGUAUGAACGUCACUGACUUCGCUCAUUUUUAAGACUUUUUUGUAAUUUUUUCUUUUUUAUUUGUAUUUCCACUUCUUAGUGUUUAAUUUAGCUCCUUAGUUUCAUCUCCAGAUUUACGUUUUUGUGUCUUUUUCUUUUCGUGUCAGCGCCAACAUGUUAUCUUCAACCCAUACUACCGCACAUGACAUUGCCAGGUUCAAUACUGAGUGACGUAACUUUAUUAUACUUGAAAAGUCACUAAAUUUUCUCUUUGUGUACUUCUCUCCAGGCUGACGGCUCAGAGGAGCAUCGAGGACGCCGAGGAGGUGGAGAGGGAGCGACGCCGGAGAGCUCGUGAAGCUACGCGCUGGACAAACGGCGACUCGCUUACUGAUGACUUAUCGCCAGAUCACCAGACACCGGCAGAGGAGUGCAUGUAAGUUCAGACCCAGAAACAGCUCAGUAUGAACUGGUUUACAGUCGGAUAAGAAAGGAAAAAAACUCAGUUUAUAUGUGUGUGAAGUUACACGACUGAGCCGAGAUCAUGGGUGUUACUUUUUACACAGCUCAGCAGUCAUGAGGUUAGCUCUGAAAGGUGGGGUAGUCAGGAUCUGAGGGGAACCAGUUUUUGGGAGAAAUCUUUUACCCCGUCAGGUCCCUGAGUGGAGGGUUCAUUUCCUUGUCUGGAGUCUAAGUGUUCAGCCAAUCAGAAGCACCCAAAUCCAACCAAUCUUAAACGCACGGGGCAUUGGGAAUUACGUCGUGCUUGACUGCAUGUUGCUGAUUAAGCGGCGCACCUCCUGACAAGUGUGAUGGAAAUGACUCCUGUGCUGCAAACCUCAACAUGUUUCCAGACUUCACUUUUCUCUGUGUGCGCUCUGAAGUCUUUUUCUUCUUCUUAGUGUUGAUAUUUGUCAAACUCCCACACGGCUACGUCAUCUUUAAUUUAAGCUCAUCCGUCCCUGUUUAUCUUAAAGUUCUUGUCUGCACCAUCAGGCCAAAGGUGGUUCCACUUUCCCGUGUAAUGUCACCCACAUAAGGAAGCCGAUAUGACGUGAAACACUGGCUGAAUUCCUCGUCUGUGUAAUCAUGGGAAACCAGGAAGUUAUUAAUUGCCGAACAUUAUUCAUUCAUCUCCCAAACGUCCAACGACCUCCUCGCUGCAAACAUCGCGUGACUGUUUGUUCUCGGUCUGGUCUGGUGAUGAGUGCGGGUCGAAAGAGUUUGUCGUCAUGAUUCCCAGCUGUGGAAGUCGGCGCUCUCUCUUCCUCCUCUCCUCCUCUUCCUCGUACUCGCCGGUUUACUGGUUUCAUGCAUGUUUAGUUACACGACACGAAUGUCUCCACUGGGAAAAGCUGCAAAUAACCCCUUCCCUCCCACAGCGGUGGUGGUGGUGGUGAUGUGAAGACGAACACACAGCUGCCUUCUCAUUACACAACCUACCAAGAAUGUUUACUACAAGGCUUCUCCAGGAUAAACCACCACCAUGUCAAAGCUUGUGUUUCAGCUGCUGGCUUUUCAUUUCACAAAACCAAAUUACAGCUCACACCUCCAACACCUUCUCCUCUGUCACAUCUCAGCCGCUUUCGGGCUGCAGCGACCCGACAUGCAGCUCCUCUGCAGCCUGUAAUUUAGAAGUUUGUGGAGCUGAUGUAAUGCUGUUUUUGUCAAGUCUCUGCUCUGAUUUCUCCUCUCACAGGAGGUCAGGGUUAAGUUCUGGAAGAUUUCAUAUCCACAGAAGUUUUUGUUUAGUCUCGGGCAGCAGGUACUGAAAAAUGAAGUCGGUACAAAGCAAUUCCUCUCAUGUCCACUUGAGGCCGACCUCAAAAGUGAGUCAAUCCCAAAUGGGCCUCAUGCGAAGUUUAGUUUCCAGCAGAAACCUGAAAACGUAGAGAUCUAAUUUGACUGUUUUUCACGUCUCUUAAAUCUGACUUUGAGGAAUCAGACAGUGAGUAACGCAGUAAGAUUACAUAAAGCAGAGAGGUGGAGGUGUGUCCUGACGGAGGUUUCUCAUCAUCACAACGUGUCAAAACCUCGUCAGACUCACUCCUGCCAGGAAUCGGAGCAGGUGGCGACGUUACACACAAACAGAAGCAUCGCUGCUCGUUAAAGCCGAUCAGCCGCUGUGAGAUCAUGCAGAGACUCCCAUCAUGCAGCGGGGGGCUCUGUGGGUGGGGCCGAGCGUCUUAAUCAUCUGGGGAAUGUGGAGUGAAUUCCUUUCUGCCAGUUCCUGGGAACAAAACACUUUGAUUUCUUUGAUUCAGUGUCGGGUUCGACCAGAAAAAUGAGCGCACAGAUACGUUCACUUUUUUAAAGACUCUUUCUUACAGGUUCAAACAUCAGAUUAAAGGAGAAAUUAGAUUAAACAGCAAGUUUCUGCAGCAGAGGUUUCUGUCAGGACUCAUCUCCAACUCUGUUCUUUAUCACCGCGUGAUCCUCCUCUCAUCAUGGGAGGAAGAUUCCCGCAAAUACAACAUUUAUGAGCCGAGUUUGAGAUUUUUAGAAUUCUGGGAUUAGAAUCAGAACUAAUCAGUUUGAUCCUAGAAAACCGGGAUUAAAAUCUGAAUUCUGACUUUGACUUUAGAAUUCCAAGAUUAAUCUCAUAAGUGACUCAAAAUGACUUUGAUCUUAGAAUUCUGAGAAAAAAAGGCAGAAAUUUGACUCAAUCUCAUAAAUUUGAUUUAAGUGCCAUUAAGAUCAAAGUCAAAAUUCUGAGAUUAAAUUAUGAAUUCUGACUUUAUUCUCACAAUUUUUAUUCAGACCCCAAAGAUCUUAGGAAAAAGUCAGAAAUCAAAAGAAUUUGAGAUCUCAAAAGGUCAAAUAUUUAGUUUAAUUUCAGACACUUUUGUCAGAGUUUUGAAAGAAAAAAAUAGACCUCUAUUUUUUUCCUUCUUGCCUGCAUUUAUGUCCCUCCAGAAGCUCAAACAGCAGCAUGAAUUACUUUAUUUUGACAUUUUGUCCGUAAACAGAUGGGUGGUUUUUUGGGAAAUGUUAAAAACUGCAGCAGCUGCAGCGUGUUUACGAUCCUUUUAAAAUCAGGUGUAGGAAGUUAAAUGUUCCAGCUGCAGAAACAUCACCUGUUGGUUUGUUAAGGUCUGUUUUGAAGCUUAAAAUUUGGUGCUUUGGCCAUUUUCAUCAUGUUUUAGGAACCAGAAGUGACCAUAUGUGAGUGAGGGAAAGGUGAGAGGUAUUUCGACACCUUUACUCAUCACUUUGAGAGAUCACAGACUUGGCAAACUCAAUGUCGCCUCAUGAUCUUUUUGACUCUAAAUUUGACCAUUACUUACAAAAUAAAUGUGUUGUUGUGAGGAAGGUUUAAAAUUAAAGAUUCAGCAUCAAGGUCUUGAGAAAAAGUCUCACUGAGCGUAACUUGAAAUAUGCAAAAGAAAAGUGCAGCUCUGGCAACAACCUGACGUACAAAUGAAUUAACUCUGGAGACCACAUGUGAAAAACAAAAACUUGGACUAAACCUCAACAGUAAUGUUUGUUUUCCCGUCAGGUUUCCAUGUCCUGUUUUGGCUGGUUAUUGUUUCCAGCUGUGUCGGCGGCUAAUCAAACAGACGUCAGCUCCAGCUGUCUGCUAAUAACUCUGAUAAAUGAAGCUCAUCAGGAAAGAAAUGAAUUCCUCCGUUUCAUCUUAUGGAUUUAGAGUAACGUCGCUGAAACAUGUCAGAUGUGAAACUGGGAGAAAGAGCAGACGUAAAAAGAUCUCACGUUGAGAAACUUACGUCCAUAUUUCUCUUUUACUUGAAUAAUUCAGGGGGAAUGCUACAGAGCGAUUUCUGGACAUUUUUGAGCAAAUUCAGCAAAUAAAGUUCGUGUUUGGUCUGUUACUGGAAGUGUCCCAUCUACCAACAUGGAGAAUGAGGCAAGGUUCAUGGCCAGCCAGUAGAGGGAGCUCUAAAUACUUCGGUGUCACUUUUAUGUGACAGUCAUCUUGAUAGUCCAUGGGUUGGUGUAAAUAUAAGUUUGAUUCCUUCCUGUUUAGUGUCUUCGUGAAUCUCGUACUGAGUUUCACAAGCUCUCUUUCUAGUCGUGACAAGAACUGUUUGUUGAAAAGUUAUGGGAUCUUGAAGACUUAUUGACUCUGCCACUUCAUCCUCAGGUACGAUGGUGGACUAAAGCCGAGCAGCUCCCCGUCCCUGGAGGAGGACGAAGGCUUCAGUGACUGGACUCAGCGCAGAGAGAAGCGGAGGCAGCAACGCCUGCAGGAGCUCAGCCAGGGAGGCGAGGAGGAGGAGGAGGAAGAGGUCAUGUUCAACAAAACUGUGCCCACAAAGACCUCGAUCACAUCGUCCAGCCGGGUCCAGAGACAGGAGCAAGAGAAGGUCGAGAGGACCAGGAUGGAGAUGGAGAGGAGGAAGGAACAUGAGGAGGAGGCAAGGAGGGAGAAAGAGAGGGAGGAAGAGGAGGAGAAGAGGAAGAGAGAGGAGAUGUUGAGGAACAGGAAGGAGGAAAGUCGGAGACCGAAUACAGAGGUGAGAGUUUCGAAUACUUGGAGGGUUUCAGUCAACUCUUAAAAGUUUUUAAAGACAAGUCCAGACAAGCCUUCAAAUAAAAUUCAGAAGUUCUGAACUCGGUUGAAGAGAAGCUUCAUUGUGUUAAAUUUCUUUUGUCCAGGUGGAGAAGAGAAAAGAAGUGAAAAUCUCCUACACAUCCAAGGUUUUCCUCCAACAAGAGCCGAAACACAACAACUCCAACGGAAGCGCAACCAGUGACGAAGUGAUGCUCCACACCAAGAACAAGAUGAAACGGGCCAACAGGUGCGAACAAGUCCUCCUUAUGGGGUCAGAGGAAAACUGACCAUGAGGCACAAAGGGGGUUUAGGUCCGGGGUCAUUUGUCUGAGCAGCAUCCUACCCAGAAGACCAAAUACAGGUCUGUGAACGUGUAGAUGUUUUGAAACCUCACUGUUGUCUUCAUAUGCAGCAGAACCGCAGAUCCAGAGGAGUCCGAGGCCAUCCUGGAGUCAGAGCAGCGCCUGGAGAAGAUCCGGCAGAGCCUCCAACAGAAGGAGAGCCAAGAGCUGGAGCAGCUCAGACACCGGCAGGUCGAGGCCGAGCAGGAACUGGAAGAGCUGAAGAGGAGGAGGGAGGAGAGACGCCAAGUCCGGGAAGAGGAGGAGCGUCGGAGGCAGGAGGAAGAGCAGUACCGUUUGGCCAAAGAGGAGGUAACCAGAACCUUCUUAAGUAUCUACACCCGUGUUUAGAGGGACACGUGUGAACGGAUCGAGUCCAGAGUCUUCUUUGGGAAACCCGUCCAUGAGGUCCUUUGAUUCGGGAUUGUGUCGGUGUUUCAGAGUUCUAGUUUUCCAAGGUCCUGAGACCAGAGUUCCUCCACAGUUACCAGGGUUCUCAUGUUCCAGGGUUCUUGAUCCAAAAGGCAAAUGGACUCGGUCAACCAACUGCCUUUGGGUCAAGCUUUGGAAAACCAUGACCUGGUUUAUAGAGACUUCUUCUUGGGUCUCUUGGUUUUUUCUGUAGUUUGUAACCCCGUCAAAGAGAGGUGGACUUAACGUCAUUUAACCUGAUCUGACAGGAGGAGAGGAGGCAGAUGAAGGAGGACAUCGAGAGGAGGAGGAUGGAGGCUGCAGAGAGGAUGAAGAGCCUGAGCACAUCCAGCGUAGACGGAGACGAGAAGUUCAGUCCGUUCAGUCCCAAAGCUUCCACACACAAGGUAAAGACCACCUGAGGACUUCAUCUCCACAGAGCAGGUUACAAAUGACUGAGUGACUUUGUUUAUGACUCACUGAUGAACUUUGUUGUUAUCUUCACAGCUGCUGGUUUCAGACUCAGUUUGAAAGUUGCAUGUGUGUGUAAAUGUGUGUAUUUAAAGCGGCACCAGGUGAAGCAUGGUGUGUACUCAGAGAGUUUUGAACGAUUAAAGGGAUAUUCUGACAUAAAUUUAGAGUCAGACACCUCCUCAAGAGAUGAAUGUUGCCGACCGCUUGCUUCUAGUUAAGAGAAUAUCCCUUUAAGUUUGAUUUGGGAACAUCCAUUCAGGCUGCAGGGAACUAUUUAUCGUGAAAGUCCUGGAAAAAGUUUGCUCUUCUGGGCACAGGAUGAUGGUUUGAGCGGACAGACAUGAAGCUCUCUUCUGUAUUUUAAAUCAUAAUUGUUGAUGUGCAUGACACUGCAUGUGUGCUCUGCACCUGCGCACCUCCUGGUUUUUCUUUUUACCACGUUAAACUGAGCGCUGACUCAGCAGAAAUGUCACGAGUUUAAGGAACAUCUGAAAAUUUACAACUAAAGCUCCAAACUUACCAACAAAAUCAGACUGAAUGAAGAAGAAAACUGAGACUUUUUGAGAAACUCUGAGCUUUAAUUGUUUAUCAGGAUUUUCAGGUCCUCAGUUUGUCACGUGUGUCUUUGUCGUAUUUUUGCUGCAUGUUAAUAGACGCUGUUUUACGUUAGAUUUCUAGCGAUGGACCGACAGACUUCAGCUUUUAUGUUAAAGUCGUUUCCUUACCGUGAAGAAGUCCUUUAUCAAAAAUCAAACUUGGAGAAUAUCUGCUGAUAUCUAAAUGGUUUCUUCACCAACUGGAUCUUUCUCUUGGUUUUAUCAAACAUUAGAAAUAACAGAAGAUGAGCCUCAUAACAGUGUCAUGUUUUGAUUUUCUCUUUCAGAUCACAGAGAGGACGGAGUCUCUGAACCGCUCGCUGAAGAAAAGGUAAAAACCCUCAACUUUAAAAAACGUAGAAAGAUCAGAAAUGGUUCUUCUUAAUCCAGAGAAGAAUGUGGAGUCCCUCAGGGGUCGAUAUCAAGCCCAGUUUUUUAUUCUCUCUACAUGCUACUGCUUACCUACAGAGACACAGGGACGGGGGACUUGAGUUUGAGACUUGGACUGAAGUGGUUCAUAAGUCGCACACUAACAAGACUUCAGUGUGACUUGGACAGGGGUGGAGUCAGGGUAUAGUUAAGGGUGCCCUAGCCCCAGCUUUAGGGGUGCCCCCCUCUCCCUGAAAUUUGACUCGCCAUCCCAAAAUCCCAAAAUAUGAUUGGACAUUUGCAUUAUUAAAAAUAAAACUUAAGCUGCAAUCGACUAUUUUGGCUAACAGCUGUAAUUUAAGGGGUUUAAGAUUUAAGAUCGGAAAUUUAGCUCAGAUGUCGCGUCUUUGUUGAGUUACUUGAUCUUUAAGUGGGUUUCCUGAAAGGCGCUAUAUAAAUGUAAGAUAUUAUUAUCAUUAUUAUUAAAUAACAUGAUGUUGAAAAAAUGGUAAUAUUUUGUUUAUUUUAUGAUUACACAACUUUAAUUUGUUAUUUAUUUGGUGCUAUGAUGGACUUGGUCAGAUAAACCACUCAGACUUGAGGUUUGACCUGCAAAAACUGACUUGUGCCCAUCCGCGCAAAGACUCACAGUUUCACUCUACUGAUGCGAGAGGAAACAUGAGGUCUCCAGUUUUUUCCAAUCAGGUCUUGGAAACCCUCAACCAGUUAUUGCUGCUGGUUUCUCCGUGUUUCUCACGGUCCAUUUAUCUUGGAGGUAAGCACUGAUGAAGAGGGUCAGAGGUCACCUCUCGUCCUCUCUCUGAGCGUCCCCCUCCUCAGCUCAGAUUUAUGUCCUGGAUUUAACUCCGUCCAGAUGCAGGCGACUGUCUUCUCUCUGUUUUCUCUGACGGCUUGGUGAGGUACAGUGGCUCCAGGCCGUCUGAGGAGAUCUCAGCAGCAAAGGAACCUCCAUCUAGAUGUUUUUAUUCUUUAAAGUCCCACUCUGAUCAUUUUUUUCUUACUUGAAGUGUUCUCAAUGGUCUAUAAAUUGUGAUUAUGAAAUUUUUAGCUAAAAUCACGUUACCUGUAUCAUUUUUAAGAACUUUUCUUCUGCAGAGCUCCAGUAGCUCAUUAGCAAUUCACCUCUGAGUCGUGGGCGGAGACAGCGCUGCUCUGCACAGUCCUUUUCACGCUAGCUUGUAGCCUAACAUUGCCGGUGUAGUCGAAGAAGCAGGUAACACUAAUGUCUUUGGGGACAUGAUGGAAGUUAAUAUCAUAAUUGACUUUCUUACGAACAUUGCAACCUGCUAACGCACACGCUUGUUCCACGAUCGUCCUCUCUACUUCUACGACUCUGCCCUGCAUAGCGGGGCUCUGGGGGCGGAGCUUCGAUUUGUGACAUAGGAAAUCUCACUGUGUCUGAUCCUGCCGUUUGAGUCUGCCAGAGAUUCACAGAGAAUUUUAAUGCAGAAAUACUCAGAAAAGUAAUUUCACACUUAAGUAUGUAUGUAAAAGUAUUCAGUAAAUUUGGACUGAGGCAGCGCUGCUUUAAAACACAUCUGACUCUGUAGUAGAAAUCACCGCAUGGGCUCAAAAUCUAUUCCAGAAACCAUUGUCUGUGAAAACAGUUUAUCACUGCGUAGAUAAAUGAGGUUUAAACUGAACCAGGCAAAGAGAAAACCAGAUAGAAACCUGGUCCAGAAACACUAGAAACCUCUCUGGAACGUGGACUGAGCAGAAGAGGAAACUUUUACUUCAACAUCCUUUUUGGAAAUCAUGGACUCAGCAUCCUCGAACUCUAGUCGGUAGAUGGACCUCCCAGUUUGGUCUCAGCUCCCAGUCCAAAUCCAGCAUCCCUGAUGGUACAGGGGAUCAUCAGAAAUCAUGAACAAUACCUACAGCAACAUCUGCUGCCAUCCAGACAAUGACCUUUUUAGGGAAGACCUUCAUAUGAUCCCAAACCACAUUCUGACAAUAGGAAUUACAACAGCAUGGCUCUGUAGGAGAAGAGUCCUGCUGAGAAACUGAACUGAUGUGGUCCUGACUUGUCUCUACAUGCUGUAAAAUUGGGUUAAAAAAAAGGUGUAACUUGCUCUAAAAGAGGAAUCCAGGUUUAUGUGGUCAGAGUGUUUCCUUUGAGUCUAACUGAUGGUGUUUGUUUUUGUGUCUUUUUCUGUAAAUCAGUAACAGCUUUAAGAAGACGCAGCCUCUCGUCCUGCUGGCCAAGAUCGACGACAAGAUGGAGCAGUACGCACACGCCGUGGAGGUCAGUUCACACACACAGACACUCAAAAUAAAACCACACACACAGCACUGAAAAGACGUGUUCAUGAAGACCGGAAAAAGUGCAAUUUUAGCAGCAGAGGAACAAAAGUCAGGCGCACUCACAGCAGUUGAACUUUCGGACCUUCAUUGUUUAAAACCAGCUGAGAGGCAGAAAGCCGCUCUGACCCUUUUUGUGCCGCGUUCACAAACCUCCACAAAUCUGCAGCACCUGAGCAACGACACCAGAGCAGAGGGUCAGACAGAUAUACGAGGGGACGCUCGGAGCGCUUUACUUUUAUCUUUCCUCUCCUCUGUUUUCACUCCUCACCUCGGGCGGUUCUCAGGCUGAUAAACGGCUCAGUGAGUAACCCGAGGUUCACACACAGAGACUCUUAUUUAUGGAGCGCGUCAGAUAUGAUCUGAGUUUUAACAAUGUGCAGUAAAGUAGAGGAAAACCAGGGUCAACAAAACAAUAAAUAUACUAUCAGUUAAUCCUUUGUCUUAAACUACGUAUUUUUAGAGUACAGGAGUCCAAGUCUGCCAACGUUAGAAUCUAUUCCAACUGAGUAAAGAACUAAAACAUGAAGUUUAAAACAUGAAAAUCAUUCAUCCUCAAUUUUUAAAAUUGAAUUUUAAUUGAUAAAAUAUUUGAGUUCUUCAAAUUCAGACUGAAGCUGAUUUGUUUUCUCGUUAUUGUUCCCCUAAAUUCAAAACUAGUUCCAGAAGUUCCAUCACUUUUUAUUUUUUUCUUCUUCCUAAAUACAAUUAAAUAAUUACAAUGAAAUCUAAACAUAAUAAUCUGACCCUGCCUGCAGUAUGGAAGCCCAAACUUGCCAAUUUCACAACCUAUCAGUUGUUCGCCUGUACUAAUGUUGUUAUACUCUGACUCAGCGUUGAAGUUUUUGUUGUUUCCAGAACUCUCAGGAGUCUCGGACAGUGAAGGCGUCACUGAGCGACCUGCCCAGCUCACCUGAGGUCGCCUCGAAGAAGAACCUGUUUGAGGCCGGAGACGCCUGGAGUCAGAGUCCCGGCAGGGGAGCGAGCUGCAAGGUGAGAAAACACAGAGAGACUUGGUUUUAUCUGGUUCUAGUUCAUCAUUUAACCCUUUAAAAAAGUUUGAAGAGUUUUGAAUCAGUGGACGGAUCUUUGAAAUUCAAAGACAAAAACUGUUUUAUAAAGUUUUUGUAAUGCAACAAAUGCUCAACCAUAAAUAACCAGCACAUCUCCAUUAAUUUUCAGGAAGUAAUGCAAAGAUACGACAUGAAUUCUGCAGAAAUAAAACUACAUUUUUUAUUUGUUGAUUCAGGACACUGAGGGGCUGAAGGUGGGCGUGGCUAACCGGAUCACUCAGUGGGUUAAAGGGUCUGAUGGCAGCAGACAGUCUCCAUGUAAACCAGCAGUAAGUCACAACAUUACGGUUAGCUCCUCUUUCAGCUCACUCACUCCUCUCUGUGUGGUGAUGUGUUCAAGUGCAGCCUCCGAGUCUGUAACUUCAGGUUUCCCUCUAGUGGAGGAAUGAAAUACAGCAAUGACAAACAGCUGCUUUCUUUGUGGUUUAUUUUAAGAGUUGAUAACAAUUUAGUGUAAAGUCCAGAAAAAUGUGACGGUUUUGUUUUUAAUGAUGCAGCUCGCUCUAAAAACAUCAGGACAUUUUCAGGAGUUUGGUGCAUGAAUGAAAAAAGUCUUAUUAUAUUCUGACCAAAAGAGGCUGUGUCGAUUUUUUUAUCAGGAUGUGAAGCCCGGAGAUGUGAUGCAGAAGAAGAACAUGUGGGAGGGAAUCAGAGACUCUUCAGAGCGACACGGACAGAAAGCCAAGGUGAGCGCACAAACACACAAAAACACACAAAACCAAACAAACACACGCUUUAAGACUAGAAACUACACAUUUCUGCUGUAUUAACCUCUAAAGUUGCACGUAAAUCUAAUUGUAUCAGUCAAAUGUGGGUCUGAAUGUCUCUUUAUUUUAUUAAAACUUUAAUUGCCUUAAAAAGUGUGUUUAAUGUUUAAAAUGAAGGUUCAGACUGUUGCUUUAUAUCCUGUAGUGUUGGAGGCCAGAAAACACAUGAUGCAUAACAGUCAAUAAACUUUGUCUUUUCUCUCUUCAGGGUUCAGCAGCCGGUAAAAAGUACAAGUUUGUCGUCACGGGUCACGGAAAAUAUGAAAAGAUCCCCGUGGACGACGAGGAGGACGCAGGAGAGUUCAGCAACGGAAAAUCUGGUAAGAUUUCCGCUCUCAUAGAUUUGUUCGACAAAAUAAGAAAACCGUUUAUUUCUGACUGCAAACAGCAGCAGCCUCCACCUACCUUUGAUCGACCUUCAGCCUCCUCGCAAAUACCCGCAGUGUCAGUCUCAGAUAUUAAUAAGACUUUAAAAACUUCAAAACUAAAUAAAAAGAUAAACUUCAAAACUUAUAAAAAAAUUCACUCACCUUGCGUGUGGUUUUCGCUGCUUCUCUAUUCAGCCUCAAGUGGACAACCUGAAAACUGCAGGUUUUAACUCUUCCGCCUCAGCUAAAGGAGUCAAACUUCAUUUGUCGCAUCACCUGAUUUUAAUCUUUUUAGUUUUUUCAUUUUCUUCAGAAGCAGCCCGACCAAAGCUUGUAAUAGAAACACAACCAGGGACUCAAAUACAGAGUUUAAGUUAAUACCUGUACACCGUCUGUUGCUUUGUACCCAUCUUCAGUCGGGGUGCACAGUCCACAUUAAACCAAACCGACUUAUUUGUUACCUUUUUUCGUUGUUUGUUGCACCGACGGGGGAACAGAGAGGCUCGACAUCCAGAACUGUCUUUGCUCCAUUUGGUCCGUCACUUCUUUAAUGGCUUGUUCGCUGAAGUGCUGACUCCCAAAAAUAACUGCUGUUUACUCUCGUUACUGGACUAACAGUACUGCAAAGGCAUGUCAGAUAUGUCAAAGCUUUAUGGUGACGUGUGAAUUAAUCUGUAGUGAACCAGAGCUGCUCCAACCUUCAUUAUUAUCUUUCCAUUAUUUUCUAAUGUGUAACACAAGUUUAUCAAAGAUGACUCAUUUGUUCCGUUCAGGUUCAUUCACAUGAAAACAUCAGAAACAUGAUGAGGGAAAUGUUUCCCACUAAAGUUAAUCAUAAAAAUUAGAAGUUAUUAAAAAGAUUGUUGUUGUGACCAUUAAUUAAACAAGUCUUAAUCUAUUUAACACUUUUUAUCAUCUUGUAAGACUUAACCUGAGGCUAGAACAACAUUUGGAAUAAAAAUGAAUGUUUUGAUGACCUGUAAGUAAUUUCUACAACAAUAUCUCUUUUUUAAUAGUAUCCCUGCCGGUACACUAAAAUAUGGUGGCAAUUUGCGACAGCCUAAACGAUGUGCAGAAAUAUGCAUGCAAGAGCUCAAAUAUAUAGAAAAACAUGCUGCAAAAAAGCUGAAACAAACACAUGAAUGACAAAAGUACUGCAAGUAAAAAAUACACAAAGAUUAAAAGCCACUGAUAAUCAAGAGAAAAGUGGUAAAGGUGAUUUACACAGCGCCCCUACAGGCUUGGUGAACCUUAGUUAAAAAGUCUUACUUAUCUUCAGCAGCACGUUUUAGCUUUUUGCUGCAUUUUUAUUUGUAAGGCGCCUCCAGCAUUCGUUUUGCACUUUUUCAGAGUGUUUUUGAAGCUGUGUUAUUUCUGCAUUUGAAGCAGGUAUUUUUCUUACAAAGAUCAUUCAGGCCGUUUGCAGAUCGUUUGCCCCCAUCAGCCACAACUUCGAGCCACUUAUUUCCUCAAAAUGUCGUUUGUUAUCCUCCAUGAUAUUUUACAUUUUGUAUAAAAGUUUUAUCAGGUUUACCAACAUAAGUUUUUAGCUUCAUACCCAAAUAUUUAUAUUUGUGAGUCAACAGUUUGUAUGAACCACAAACACACACCAAAAAGGACAAAUGAGAAGCUCUGAAAGUUCCUUAAAACAGAAACGCUUUAAUCUGAAGUCUCGUCUGAAGGACUUUAAGACAAAAGUAGCUCUCUUUCUUUCUUUCUUUUUCUUUCUUUCUGUCCGGUGAAUCCACAAAAAUAAACAUUUAACAUCCAGACAACCAGUCACACAAAUGCAACAUGAAGCACUUGUCAAGUAAAAAGUUCAGGCCGACUUUCUCUACCACACUGCCACAAACAUCAUUCGAUUCACACAAAGACUAGACCUGUACAUAAUUCCUGAAGCUAAGAUUUCUGCACCUGUACAUAAAACACGUAAAAUCACUUUUUUUUUCUCUUUACAUUUUUAUCUUGGCACUUAACGAUUCAUAAGUUUUAAAAGCUUAAGUAGACGUGAACCCCCUGGCUGUUCUAUUAAAGUCUUUUGGUUCCUCUUCUUUACCUUUCCGCCCAAUCAAACCCAUUUCAAAAACAGUUGAAAUCUUCGUUACCGGCCUGGAUGCCGCCUCUCUGAGCUUUUUGGCGUCAAACUUUGGGCUAAAAAGAAGCACAGGCAGCCGGUGCGCAAACGAAGGGAUCUCUUUUGGCUCAUCUGUUUUCUCCUCCGUCUUAUCCUCCUCGCUUUUGUUCAACUCGAUCUGGUGCAUGAUGUUCUCUUUGGUGGAAAACAUCUGGAAGAGGACGGCGUCCCACAUCUUAGUUGCCUUAGGAGCGUCUUUGGUUUGGUUCUCGUCCUGAGUGCCGGGCUUGUCGGCGACCUUCUCUUCAACCUUCUUCCCCUCACUCUGGUCCGUCCCUGUGGUCUCCUUCUCAGUGCCUAUCUCUGGGAAUUUGGGCUCCUCCUGCUCCACCACCAUGUGCUUUUUGAGUCUAGACCACCCGCUCAAUUUGGAUUUCAAUCCCUUUGGCUUUUGUAAGACCUUGAGAAGGGGCUCAGCUGCAGGGAGGGGUUCUUCGACUUCCUUCUUCUCAGGUGCAGGUUUACCUGCUGUAGCUGAUUCUGCCAUCUUGCCUUUUCCUUUUUCUUCAGGCACAGAAGGAGCCGCAGUUCUCGGCUCUGUGACUUCUGUCUUAGUCUUGGCAGCAGCUGCAGGUUUUGUUGGCUCUACCUUAUCUGAGACGUCAGCUUUUGUCUGAAUUCCAGACUUCUGCUCAGCAGGCUGGACUUUAUCUUUGCCUAAAAGUUUUCUUACUGCCUUCAGAGGAUCCUGGUCGUCACCUUUGGGUGGAGGAUGCUUGGCUUCAGAGACUUUUGGCUUUGGUUUGGCGACGUCUUGCACAGGUAGUGCCACAAUCUUCUUCUCAGGAGUUUUCGCCUCGACUGUUGGUGGUGCAGCUUUGGGUAUUUCUUUAAUCACAGCUUUUUCUUGUUUUGCCACAACCUGACUGGACACCAUACUUGUCUCUGGUGUUCCUGGGGAGUCAGAUGCCUGAGAAACAACAAUAACUGGCACCGAGGGGGUGGCUGCAACCUUCUUGUCCGCAACAACCUUGGGGGUUUCUCUGACUUGUGAAACCUCGGCUUUAGGCGGUUCUUUCACAGGGAGCUCUUGGCUCGGUGCUUUCGGUCCCACUGCCUCUUCCUCCGUGGCUUUAACCUCCGCCUCAGCCUGCGUCUUUAAAGAGGCGAUACCAAACGCUGGAGUGAAUGUUUUGAUCCCGCCAUAAGCAGCAUAUUCAGCUGGUGUCAAUCCACGAUAGGUUGACUUUGAUUUUUGCGCCACUUGGGUCGGGGUUUUAGGUCUCUGGAAGGCUACAGGUGAUACCCCAGAAGAUGAUGUCCCAUAUGUGGGUGUUUUUGGUCUCUUGUAGCCAGGUGAUGUGCUCAAUAGUCUGGAUGCCUCGAAUGUUGGAGUCUUGGGCCUUUGAAAGCCAAAAGAAGUCACUACUGGUGUUGUUGGCUGAGGUGUCGGAGUUAAAGAGCCAGAUUGAGUCGGUUGGACCUCCUUCUUUGUCAGAUCAGGCUCUGAUUUUGCUUUAGUCAUACUUGGUUGAACUGGCUUAGCUGCAGGCAUCACGUCAGAAAGGAUGUCCCCGUUAAGUAUCAUUUCUGUAAGCUUUGGCACAGGAGUCGUCAAAGUCGGGACGGCAGCAGAAUCACUUGCUGCUGAUACUGUCUUUGGUGUUCUUGACCUCUCUGGCUCAACCGUGACUGGGGACACUGCAAACAGGAGAGGAUUGGCUUUUGAGACUUCAAAGACAGGGGUUGCUGCUCGAGUAUGGAAAGCCGGGGUCCUUGGCCGCCCUGCAGAAAUUCGUGACUGGAACUCAACAGUUGGUGUUUUAACUCUGGUUUCAGAUGUUGGAGUAGCCCUUUUGAUUUCAGUCGUUGGAGUAGCUCUUUUCAAUUCAGUCGUUGGAGUAGCUCUUUUGAUUUCGGAUGUCGGAGUGGCUCUUCUCAGUUCAGGUGUUGGAGUUAUAGCUGUAGUCACCUCUGUUGUGGGUGUCGUACCUCUUCUUGCUUCAGUAGUUGGUGUUUUCCUCUGGGGGUCUGAGCCCAGUAGAGGCGGCUGGAUUGUCGGUGUUAUACCUCUUGCAACCUCAGAGGCUGGAGUCAAAUCUGGUUCUGCUUUACUCUGAGGAACAGUACCGCCAAUACUGGUUAAUCCAGCUGUGUCAUACACCGGUGGGGUCCUUGAUGUCUCAUAGUAAGAUGUACUUGCCGUGUACAUCCUUAUUUGAGGGACAUCAAACAUCGGUUUGGGCGAUCUCGAGGGUUCUGUUGCCCUGAAUGUUGGUCGUGGACUUCUGGGUUUGAGUGGGGUCAACACAGUGAGAGGUCGUGUCAAAGCUUGAGUCCCAGUUGCUUGAUAAGGAGUGGGACCUGGACUGAUGGGUUUUUGCUGUUGGGUUCCAACAGCCGCGACAGGUCUCAGACUAGCUUGAGCAUCACCAAAUGUGCCAAAUGCUGGUGCUGUUGGUUGUAGGGCAGGGAACGCUGGUAAAGUUAUUUUGGGCAUUAGCUCUGGAGUUGGUGAAACUCCUGAAACUUGACCUGAAGAAGAAUAUGAAGACACUGUGGUGACAUUUUGGGAGUAGGAGUACGAUGGGAGGGUCACUGUCAGGGGUGAGAACCUUGCAGUUCUACCGUAAGCUGCACGCUGUGGGUAUGGCGAUGCAACAUGUUGGUACAGCGGCCUGACAUUGAACCGUGCGGGCUGCUGGACAUUGUAGAGGCUGAAAGGAGCCUCUGGAGUCUUAGGAGGCGUUGAGUGGUCACUGUGCUCAAGGUCAGGGCUUGCUUCGUUCACUGGGGAAAGGCUUGAGCGGAAAGGUGCGGCGGACUGCGUUGCCUGAGCUGCGGCCUUUUUCUUGGCAGUUCUCUUGAGGAGCUUCUGAAGCCGAACAUUGUCUUUUCCAGGCUUGGGCAGCAGGGGCGGGGGGUACUGCUGGGAAAGCAGGCCCGGCUGGGUAAUAGCACCAUAAGCGAUAGCCAUGAGCGCUUCUGCACCCUGUGGAGACAGAAAACAAAUGGUCAACAAAGGGCAACCUUUUGGUGACUAAAAAAAAGAGCAUUUAGUAGUUCAGUUUAAUUUUGUCAUGUUCGGUGUUUUUCCCCAUAGAUUUACAAAAUCAUUCAUAAUACCUAAUUUGAUAAUUCCCUAAUGUAGUCACAAUCCUCUGUUGCACCUGUGCGCUGGGCUGACUCUUUAUUAUUGAUAAAUCUAGCUGUUCAUCAGUGGUGAACCAUGAGGACUGUCCCAUCCUCCUGGUCUGCAACUGAGUGUGUUUGUGGAUGCUCCACCUGCUGUUAACAACACAAAUAUUGAUAUAUACAAUAUAUGUCUAAGAAGCUUAUCCAUAAAGCACGUUUUCACUUCAUGGCUGCUCUCGUCAACAUCAUCAGUGUCAUUAGGGACUCCUCAGUAUGAGAAAACUGCAGGCAAGGUAGAUGUGGAGACCAGGUAAAGGGAUAUUCCUCAAAUUUCAGAACCACAGACCUCAGUGCAGUCUUGGUUCACUACAUAUAAAAAAAGCACGUUUUUGUCAGCACUUUGUCACUGGAAUGGACCCUUGCCAAUGGUGCUGUACAGAUGGUGACCACAUCAAAAAAGCAACAUGAUUAAAACCCAUGAAUAUCAAAACUCCUUUUCUGUAUGUGUUAAAAGGUCAAAAGUAGUUCAACCAUUUCAUACUUUGUCACAACUUUUAUUCAACCUCCAAGUAUUUCAGCCUCAAAUGUUCUGAGUGGAUCAAAUCUGAGUGGAUCAAAUCAGGUCACAUGUGCAUGUUUGCCAAUCUCUGCUCUGCUUUUUAUUUUGCAGAUUCAUAUCACGGUGAUUACUGAGAAGACAUCUAAUCUACAUUUAUGUACACCUCGAUCCUGACAGUAACAGCAGCAGCAACACCAGACUGAGUUUUUCAUUUCAACCUUUCUCUUGAAGUAUUAACGUACAAACCGAGAGCUUGAGCCCAAAAGUCUUUCUCCUCAAAUGUUCCCUCUUUGCUUUUGAAAUAUCUGAUGUUCUCUGUCUGUUAUUAUGUAUUUAUCUGACUGUGAGCUUUAAUGUUUCUGUAUUACCCCCCCCAACAUAAAGUCGGAGAAUCAUUUCAGUCGUCUUGUCGUCAACCUCGAGGUCUUUUGUGUAAAGUUAGUUGCAACAUUAAAGCUGUUAAAGUCAUCUGUCCUGCACUUACACUUUGGCUUAAGAACAAUCUCAAACAGUCGAACAAUUCAGUGUUUUUUAUUUUGUCAAAUCAUAGAAGUGAAUGACUGCAACCAUGUACCCAAACUAUAAGACUUUAGCUUGUUUACCGGUUAUAUCUCAACAAUGUUCAACAUGAAGACUCAUAAUCUUAAGUUUUAGUUCAAACUCAUAUCUCCAGCUGUCAUCUUCCUCUUUUCCACCUCUCAUAUCAUUUCUUGAGAUUUCUCCGUGUUCAUUACCCUUUUACUGAAAUAAAUUUAAAAUAUUUUCUGACGAUGCAGUGCCCUCUGUGUGAUCCUCUUGUAUUUAUAGAGCUUUGAACAGUUCUAGGCUUGAAAUAGACUGAAAUGCGGUUAUGUAACAGAGAUUUUCACUACAGUGUGGCCAGACUGGAGGGUUUGGGGUUGGAUUGCGUGGGUUAAAAUGGGCUUAGGGUGGUUUCUAUGAGUUAGGAUAAAGGCUGCAGUAAUUUAAUAUGUAAAUAACUAUUAUAUAUGACUAUAUUCUGUCCAAUAUUAUGGCGAUUAAUCUGGUAAUCUAGGGGGGAAAUCAUUAAAUAUAUCAUAGAAAUAUAUAUCAUCAUCAGAUGAUGUCCAGGAGAGUCAAGGUGGACUCCUCCUGGAUGAUGUUACAGCCUCACAGCUGAUCCUUCGCCUAAUUUUAGAGAGGAAGUCGGCCAAUCAACUGCCUCCCUUUUUAAGACUCGCAGCUCUUUACAGGCUGCAUCACUUUCCUCAAAACAGUAAAUCAGAGUGCUGUGAUGCGGAGCAGAUGAGGUCUCUGCAACUUCAGCUGGACCCGCAGAAACAGAGGAUAAAAAAGUGGGAUUACUUUCAGCACGAGCUGCUGCUUUAAGUAUCAUUUUCAGAUUAACAUCAGUGGUGAACCAUGAGGACUGUCCCAUCCUCCUAAUUACUAUUUUUAUACAGGCAGUUUUCAUCAGUCUUGUUUGUAUGGGUAAUAGGCAUCCAAGAGAUUAAUGUCCUACCUGUGUUGUAGCUUUGCGUAUUGUUUAAGUAAGGUCGAAGGUCAUGACGGUCAAAUUGAUCAUCCUCUGAGGAGCUAAAUUAUGAUUAUAGUGGUAUUGAAUCAUUUAUGUUCAAUUCAGAGUUUUUCUGAGUGGCUAUAUACUUGGUUUUAAUCAAAACACUUCCUAUCAGGUGGGAAGUUAAUAUCUUUAGGGUUGAUCUUCUGGGAACCAUGAAUACUUCAGCCAGUAUUAAACCUUUCAUUCGUUUGUGGAUAAUUCCCACACAAUAGUCCAUAUUGAUAAUGAUAAUUGAGGUCAGGGUACCAACUCAAUGUUAUCAGCUGGGUGUGUCCUCUGAGAACAAUGAUUUUUGUCUUGGUUGUUGAGAUGUUAAAAAGAUGAUUUUAAUCUUUUUCUUUUGCUAAUUAAUUCAAACCGAUUUUGACUCAUGACACCAAGGUAAUAAUCAUGUGAUAGACUUUGGGUUCAUCCUCUGAGAACCAUGAAAACUUCUGCAAAUGCAUUGAAAGCAGCUGUCUCCUGUCUUCAUGAUUUUGAUGCGUCUUCAUAUAAAGUUAGAAACUGAUCAUGGUGUUUCAAAACAGAGGUAAAACCAUCAAAGUUUAACCUCUGAUAACCAUGAACAUUCAGAGGGCUUUUCAUAAGAGUUUGGUAAUUGAUGUUAAGAUGUGAUUUUUCAAAAAUUUCUCUCUGCUUCGAUAAAAAACAGAGCUCAUCCUGGCACUUAAAGACAGGAAAGUUAUUCAUCAGGGUUCAUCAUCUGGAAACCAUGAACAUAUACAGUAAAUUCCAGUGAUAGCCUCGGGUUUGUUGGAUUGGUGCUGAUUUUUUAGUAAAACUGACAAUUGAGCUUAAGAUGAGCGUAAUAAUCCGCCAACAUUGUUUGGGUUCAUCCUCUGGGGACCAUGAACAUUUAAAAACUGCUUCACUGAGUAAAAAUAUUCUGAGGAUUCUGAGAAAACAAGAGGGGCUGGUUACGGCCCCUGAGAAUACAGUGGUUGUUCUUGUUCUUCAAAUCCAUUUCGGUUCACCUUCUGGGAACCAUGAACACGUGCGAUUUUCAGUAAAAUCAGAUUUUGUUUGAGCAGAUGUAAAAAUAUGGCUCGUAAUAGUCUUUGACCAACAUCUCCAUCUACAGCUCCACUUCCCUCAGGUGCUUCUUCAUGUAAAUAUUUGGGAUCGUCCCAUCAGGAGAUCCGAUCUUCGUCGUUGACCAUCGCGGCGGUGAAAUGAGCUGAGGUAACAGCUUACAGGCCGGUCUUUAUUUUGCACAUUUGUCGCGUCAGGAUCCUCUCAUGUCUCUUCUGGUGUAAACACUCUCAUAUAGCUGAGUAUAAAUAUCUGCCGGAGGGGGGAAAGUGAAUGCAGAGUAUCUGACCUCAUGACAUCACAGCCCGGUAACACCUGAUAGGGCCUCGCAAACCUGUUGUCACUGAUGAUAGCCAAUCACAGGCGAGGAAAAGACGACCUCAGAGAUAGUACGGUUAAAUAGAGAAUACCUCUACUUUACAUAUUGAUUUUUGUUUUUUUAUUUAAUUAAUUGGAUUUACCUGCUGAGAUUUAUUUUCAUUUAUAUUAUCCAAACUGUCAGAUCGCACUUUUUGUUGUUUUUAUUUGUGCUUUUGCAUCUUUCUGCACAGACCUACAGCUCACCACGCUGCUUUUUGCAAAUAUUUGAUCAUAUUUUGGUUCAUGUUGUUCACACUGAUGUAAUACUUGCAUCUUUUUCUAUCUGAGGUUGCUAUAAAAAUAAUCUUUUUGCUUAUUUACAUUCGUAUGUUUCUAGAUUUUUUUAUUUUAGAUUUUAAAAUAAUGUCAUGUUACACUAAAAGUCAGUUUAAAGUUAAAUUAUGAGUCAUAUUGGUUCGUGAUCAGACUCCCCGCAGGGUUUGGGUUUCUGGUAUCAUGCAGUCAGUACGAAAACAACUGUUUAAUAUCCUCAGUUUACUAUGUGUGUCACCCCAGUGAAAUGUAGGCCAGAGCUGGUCCACUUUAACGCCUCCAACCCCCCCUCAACCUGCUGCUCGCCUGACACAUGAGAGCCCACUCCUCCUUUUAAGGCUCUGGUAGGCUCGGUAUUUGGAGCUCCUUCAGGAUGCAAGUUCAAAAGAGGAAAGGGUAAUAAUAGCCAUGUAAUAAAAACCAAGCAGGUCCACAAUGGCCUCCUUAAGAAAACGAAUCUGCCCCAAAAAGUCAUGUACCUGCGGUAAAGUUCUGAGGAUUCGAACAGGAAAAGAGAGUUCAGAUGGAAAAAGGAGGAACGUACCAGGUCAAAACUUGUUGCUGGUGUUCAGAGCGCUCCAGGCAGGGUCCCCUUUAAAGUACAAGACAGAACAUUGAUGUUAAACUUCUGAAUAAACCUUUCCCACCAAAAAUAUCUCAGGAUAGGAGGUGAAGUAAGCUUUAAUGUGAGCACACUUCAGUCAUGCCUCUUUGCAGCCAGCACAGAUAAGUGACACGACAGACAGAAGGUGUUUGGAAGCCGCAGGGAGUAGAAACAGCACACGGCUAACACUUAGCUCAGCCUGCUGGUGCUUUAAUGUUGCACUAAGGACGAGAGAAAGACACCCUGAGCUCGUCAAACAUGUCAGAUCCCUGGCUGCCGAGGAGGAGGAUCCUGCGUUCGACAGCAGCUGCCUCCCUCACCUACUACAGCUCCCCUGCACUCUAUCUGAGAAUAAAAGGUGUAAUUACGGAGUGUUUACCUGUGUGACUGCUGCUUGGGGGGCGGCCGGCCGGCUGCUGCCUGCUUGUCCCAGCCUGGAGUGUCACAGCGGCAGGUUCAUGUUGAGCCCAACUCGACCCCCCUUCCUACAAAUGGAAGGAACAGACGCCAUGGCAGUCCAAAAAUAAAUGCUGAGCCCUGUGAGCUGCUCAGAGUGACAGCAGCGUCGGCGUGCGAGCACGGCGCAGCGUUGGGCGUAGAGGCCACCGGACCUUAGGUUUCACCACCAAAGGGCUCUAAAAGUGGGCUCUGGGGGCCACCCAGGGGUCCCCAGAGGAUGCGCCAUGGAUCACAGGAAGGGGGCUCCACGGGUUUUACAUAAACUCUGUAGACAACUGUAGAUAUACUGUAGUUCAGGUGCUUUCCCAUCGAGGUAGAUGGUUAUCCACCUGGACUAAGACUCUGUUCAAGGUUUCUGCCUGAUUCAAGAUGGACUGUCCCUCCAAACAUCUUUAAGUUCCUGAUGAAGCUGUUUUUGUCUCUUUGUAAAAUAAAUCAUGUCUGAUUUGGACCAGAUCUAUUUAACAACCAUCCACUGAAAGUCUGGUUCUGUUCAACAUUUCUGCCUGUUUUAAGUUCAAUAUAAUGUGAAGCACUAUCAUCCAAACGAAGCUGAGGGUCUAAUCAUUAUUACACAUGUGAUAUAACAUUUACACAUUAGGCCACAAUUUGUUCAUUGUCAUGUUUAAUAUUACUUAAAAAAAAAACAGAUUAUAUUGAAUAAUAUAUUCUUAUCAACUUUGGGCUGUUUUAGCAUCAUGUGCAACAAUACUGCCAACAUCUGAAUGCUCUUUUUCAUUGUCAUGUGCAACUUUAACUAUACACCAAAUUCUGCUCAAUUAUAGUCAGUGUUUUUGGACUGAGUCAGUUUUGUGCAAUGAAAUUCUUCAAAACAAUCUUUAGAAAUUAAUGAUAAAUGUUCAAAGUUAGCUGAGAAAUAAGCUUCAUGAAUGUCACUUUUUAUACGAUCAAUAUCGUGCUGUUACACCAAGAUGGUGGUAUAUACUCAAUUCACACACUAGAAUAGAUUAAACUAAGUUAUGUACACAAUAAACAUGUUGAUUAAUGGACUGAUGAACUGUGACUUUUAUUGACAAUAUUUAUGAGAUUAAGAUAUGAAGAUGAUACAACAACGGUAUGAUAAAGAUACAAUAGGAACAGAUAAUGAUAAAGUAUGAUAGGACAACAAUGUGGUAUGAUAUGAGAACAACAAGGUACAAUACGAUACCAUAGCAAUAAGGAUGCAAUAACAAAACAAUUUAGAUUUAAAAGCAGUAAAACAGUAUAAGGAUAUGUUAUAAUAAGAAAACAAUACAGUAUGAUAAGUUAUGGCGUUUUGAUCGAUGAUGAGUCACCAUGAAAUGAUGAUAACAAAACUAUAACAACACAGUACGGUAUAAUAAUGGUACAGUACGAUACCAUAAGAUACAAUAAAAACAUACAACAGUACUAUAAAAAAAACAAUGACAAUAAAAUAAGAUUAAGAUGAUGAUACAGUGAUGAUAUGGUGACAAUACACUGAUGAAACAACAAUAAUACAAUAAUGAUACAAUGACGAUGUAAUGAUGAUACAAUAACAACACACUGAUGGAACAAUAACGAUACAAUAACGAUACAAUGAUGAUGUGUUGAUGGAACAAUAACGAUACAAUAACGAUACAAUGAUGAUAUGUUGAUGGAACAAUAACGAUACACUGAUGAUAUAAUAAUAAUGCAAUGGCGAUACACUGAUGAUACAAUGACGAUGUAAUCAUGAUACAAUAACAAUACAAUAACCUUACAAUGAUGAUACACUGAUGAUAAAAUAAUUAUACAAUGAUGAUAUAAUCAUGAUACAAUAACAAUGCAUUGAUGGAACAAUAAUACAAUAACAAUACAAUGACAAUACAGUGACGAUUCAUUACAUUACAAUAUCAUAAGGAUUAGAUACAAUAAUACAGAUACGCACUGAUAUAUUGAUAAAAUGGUGAUAGGACAGGAUAACGGUAAGGUAGAAAACAAGUAUACAAAAUGUGACAAUUAUAUGCAAGGAUAGGGCGACGAUAUGACGACAAUACGAUAAGAUGUGUAAUGAUAUGAUACGGUACAAUAGGAUUACUACACGAUUAAAAUGAGACGAUAACGAUACUAUACAGCACAACAUGAUAUGAGAAUAAUAUUAUAUGAUACAUUAACAAUAUAGUAUGAUAGAAUGGGAAAUUAUCAAACACAAUGCAACAAAUAAAGAAGACAAUUUGUAAAAGAGACAGGCCUUAAUAGGGAUUUCAGGAGCAGUGACGGGGUUUAGUUUAAUAUUCAGUAGAAGAUGAGGAGGUGGUUUGUAAAGAUGAUUGUUACCAGUAAAUGUUAUUUUCCAACAUGGUCAGUAAUUGUUUUUGUGGUUUCUUUAAGUGUCAUCCCAACACUAAC